AUGAAGCUUUUGAUCCUCUUUGUCCUGGUGGCAGCCGCCGUUGCAGUGCCCUACGCUCUGCCCGUCGUCUACAAGGCGCCAAUUGUCUACAAGAGCUACGCAGCCCCGGUGGUCGUCAAGUCGUACGCCGUGGCGCCGGUCGCCUAUGGCGGUUAUGGAUACGGUUAUGGCCUGGGAGGUGGUUACUACGGCGGUGGCCUGUACGGAAAGGGUCUGUACGGCGGUGGUUUGUAUGGUGGUGGCCUGUACGGCGGCCUCGGUGGCUACCGAAAAGCGUACGGCCUGGGAGGACUGGGCUACUACGGCGGUCUCUAUGGUAAAGGAUUCUACGGUUAA